GCCCCGGCGCCCGCAGCCGAUGGCGCCCGCCCCUCCGAGAGGCACUAAACUUCCAACUUCGGCCCGGCUCCGGCGGCCGCACAAUCCAACAUGGCAGCGGGGGCGGGCGAGACCACAGCGCGCGGCAGCCAGAGGGGAGGCCGUGAGAGAGAGAGAGAGAGGGAGCGCGCCGCCGCCACGACCAUGCGCCGUGCGGGCCGCCGCCGCCUUCCGCUCCCGCCCCUCCUCGCCCGCCAGCUGGCGCGGAGCGUUCCGCCCUGCCUUGCCCUGCCCUGCCCUCAGUACCUGCCCGGCCGGCCCGGCGGCUGCUGCGGGGCGGGGAGUGCGGCGGGCGGAGGAGGAAGGAGCGAGGAAUGAGGAAGGGGCGCGGAGCGUUGCGGUGCUCCCGAGGCUGCGGGGACAGUUGGCCGGGCCCCUCGCUGCUGCAAAGCUCUCAGCCCCGGGUCUGAAAGCACGGACGGGGCCGCGGUGCGUUCGCUUGGGGAGUGAGGAGGUCUGUGCUAAGAGCAGUCAGGAAACGCCAUUUGUGUUAAGUGAAGUUCGACAGCACAGCGAGCGGCCCGGCUCCAUGCUGUGCGGCACCUCGGGAGCUGAGCUGCUGUCCAGUUUUGAGUCAAGCGUGGUCCAACUUGUAACUUAAAAACCUUAGUGACCUUUUGACAUUGGAAGGGGAAUGUCUCUUCUUGUGGUUCACCAUGCAAAUUAUCAAUUGCGUUACCGCACGCUGUGUUACGUUGGGAGUUAAUGAUGCGUUCUUGCUGUGCAGAAGCAAUUCCCUCUUUACACAAUCACGGGGGGGCGGGGGGGGAGCAGUGGGUGUCAGCCAUCGCACUGCCGUGCAAGCAGUAAUGGGAACUGCGAGCUCCCAGGUGAAGCUGCUGGGAAGAAAUACCGCGUACAGGCAGUGCCUGUUGGCAGCACAGCUCUUGCCCUGCUUCACUCCUGCUUCACAUGUCGGUAUCCAGCUCCAUCCAUAGAUGGAGGCUGAAGGCAUUCAAAGCUCAAAGACACUGACCUCAGGUGCUGUGUGACUAGGCUGGCAUUGGCUGUGUGGAAGAAGUGCUCAUGCUUCUUGAGGACAAAGUUGAAUACCAGUAGGAUUCUGGGGUGCAUUAAAAAGAGCGUGGCCAGCAGGUCAAAGAAGGUGAUCCUCUCUCUCUGCCCUGGUAAGGCCAGAUCUGGAGUAUUGUUUUCAGUUCUGGGCUCCUCAGUUCAAGAAUGACAGGGAACUUCUGAAGAGAGAAAAUGAGGAAGAGCCUGGAGCAUCUCCCAUAUGAGGAAAGGUUGAAUGACAGGGAACUAUUCAGCCCAGAGAAGACGGAGAGGGGAUCUCAUCACUGUUUAUAAAUAUCUGAAGUGUGGGAGUCAAAUGGAUGAAACUUUUUUUCAGUGUUUUGCAGAAACUGGACAAGGGGCAAUAGGCAAAAGUGGAACAUGGGAAGUAUCAUAUAAAUGUGAGGGAACUUACUUUAGCAGAGGGUUGGACUUGGUGAUCCCCAGAGGUCCUUUCCUACAGCUACAAUUCUGUGAUACAUUGGGUUUACCUCCUCUGAUAAAUCAAUUGUCCAUCUGGAAGACAAGGCAACACCCCCCAUGGUGAUAUGCUUUGUAUUAAAAGAACUGAAGUAGCACAGGAGGAAGGAAACUAGAGAAGCACCAAGGGAAAACCUGCGAACACAAAUCUUUGUAUGAAGCUCUGUUGACUUCUCUUCAUAUCUCCAAAAGGUCUGGCAGAAACAGAUUGCAGCCCCUUCUGCUUAUAGACCCUUUUCCCAUACUUAAAGGAGCUUCUAACUAUGUCUGAAAACAUGAGGAAGAAUGAGUAGUGGAAAAUCCGAAUCUUUCAGGAAAAAAAAAAAUAUAUAUAUAUGUGUGUGUGUCUGUGUGUGUAUGCGUAUACAGGACUCCUCAGCAUGAAGGUUUCACAGAAGUGGCAUGGGUCUUUACUGUAAAGGGAAGUAAACAGUAGGAAUCAAUACUUUUGAAGUACUUUUAUCAGUCAUAGGCUCCUAAGUCUUCAUUUCUUUACUGUGUAAGUAUGUGCAUAUUUCAGUAGAAGGGGAAAUAUUUUUGCUAAGGAAUAUUGGCAGCAUUCCGUUUGUUGAAGAUAUAUGUAAAGAGAUAAAACACAUGGAAGCACUUUACAAGGCACUUUUUUCCCCUUGCAUAACAAUUAUUUUAUAGCCAGCGCCUGUUUCAAGGAAUUGUAAGUACCUGUCUUGGUGGUUACAGUCUAAAUAGCUAAAAAUGUAAUCCACUUUUCACCAGUAAAUGCUGGUACUCUCCUCAUGUCUGUGCCCCACUGCAUUCAUUGCUCUUUUCCUCAUUUCUGGUAACUUUGACUUCUUGUUCCUCACUGUGUAGAUCCUUCCAUUCAAACAGAGUCCUGAUUUUAGUUGUGAUGCUUUUUGCUUCAUGCUGUUCUUCUGACACCUGCUAGCCUGUAGUUAUUCUCAAGGGCCUUCAACUUUCAGGCACUAUUGUUUGGGUUUUGCUUGCUUUUUUAAUGGGGUAGACAGGAAAGGGAAGAAAAAAAGACUAUUUUCAGAUCCUGUGUUUCAUUAAUUAUGCAAAAGCUGUUUCUGUUUUUGUAUCACAGCAGAGCAGUGAGUCCUGAGGUGAAAUGGAAAUAUCAGUAUGUGAUGAUGAGUAUGAGGGACCUAAAGAAAAAUAGAUUUGUGCCUUUAGUAUUUACAUUUGCAUUAAUAUCAGCAAAAAGCUGCUAUUCCUGCAUAAAACAUCCAAUUUCAAGCAAAAUUCUGUUAAGCAAAGCCACCAAGCAGAAUUAUCUGACUAUAUUUUGAAGAAAUUGCAAUGCUCUUUCUGACCUCUCUUAGAGAAAUUGCUCUUUGUUUAUCCUCAGCUUUCCUCUGAAUUUCCUACUGUAGUGGGAAGCUUCAAACUGUGUUGCCCACUUGUGAUGCCUCUGAACUUGUGGGAAGCAGCUAUUAAUUUGUAUUUUUCUAUUCCCCAGUGAUGCCAGUUCAUAACAAGUAUGUUGGAAGUGACAUACUAAUAUCAAUAUAAACAAGUGUCAUGAUUUUACAGGUCAUACAGUGUGGUACUCUUAUUCUCCAAAAGAUGAAGCGACAGUUUGAUUACACGUGAAGAACUUGAAGAUUAAAGGGAAAUGAAAUUUAAAAAUGAAAAAUAAAUCCUAACUAACUUCUAUCUUCAAUCUCAUAUUCAGUGGCAAGUGAAACAGUAUGAAACAGGCACAAACAUCACUGCAACAACCACAUAAACAUGGCUGGGGGAGAUCACAAUUGUGAAUGUAUAAUUAGUGUCACCACACUCAGGGAGCGUGUCAACAGGGUGGCAGAAGAACAGACCAAAAAAAAAAGGAAAGGCUCCUUUCCCUCAGCACGCUUUCUGGAUGGGCCUGUAGAAAUCACUAAUCCAUUUACUGCGAAACCACUUGUGGUCACCAAAAAAAGAGAAGUCGCAUUGUGGUUGAAAAUGGUGUUUGAACUGUGAAGAUACAAGUUCUCUUUUUCAAUAAGCCACAUUAUUUUUUUCUACGUACACCUCCCUUAAGAGAAUUGGGCUUAAAUUGUUACUGAAUCAGUGACAAAUAGCAUAUUAGCUAUUUUACUCAGAAGAUGUUCCUUCACUUCUACUGUCUAUAUACUGAACCAAGAAGCAUUCAGGAAUCCUAGCCUGCUCUGAAGGGAACUGGAUCAUCAGGUUACAGGUCGUUUCAGGUCCAGUCACUGUGUAUCAUUUUUCUCUGAGAUUUUAUAUCAUUUGUUUCAGGUGGGUAACAGCCUGGAAUAAAGAGGAUCUGAAUUCUA